AUGGAGGACGACCGGGAGACGGUGCGACUGUGGCGCGUGAACAAGACGAUCCACGAGCUGGUGCGCGACCGCGGGUACCAAGUGGCGGACGACGAGAUCAACAUUGAUCUCGAGACGUUCAAGGCCGAGUAUGCGCCUACGGGCGGGUCGGUGGACCGAACGAAGCUCAACUUCUUCACGGAGCACAGUUCGCACGAGAACCAGCGGCUGUUUGUGUUCUACUCGAUGGAGCGCAAUGUGGGCGUCAAGACGAUGCGCCAGUUCAUCAGCAUCAUGGAGGAGCGCGAUAUCCAGCGCGGCAUCAUCAUCUGGCCCGACAAGAUGACGAGUGCGGCGCGCAAGGUGAUCGACGCCAUGCGCGGCACGUUCCACCUCGAGGACUUUGAAGAGGCGUAUCUGCUGGUGAACAUCACCCACCACCAUCUGGUGCCCAGACACGACCCGCUGUAUCCGGAGGAGAAGAAGGAGCUGCUGCAGAGGUACAGGUUGAAGGAAACCCAGCUGCCCAGGAUCCAGCAGGCGGAUCCGGUCGCAAAGUACUUUGGCCUCCAGAGGGGUCAGGUGGUCAAGAUCACACGGCCCUCGGAAACUAGUGGCCGCUACUGCUCGUACCGCAUCUGCAUCUCCAUCAUCCUUGCUGGCGAGUCUUUCAGCAUGGCGUCUGCAGCUGCUUCCUCAAAUGCGGGAUCGCACUACCCGCCGGCCGUAAGCUCGUACUACUUUGGACCACCCCCGUCCAGUGCUGCGUUCGGCCAAGGCGUCACGGGCAACCCCGCCCUUCACGUGCCCAAGGAAAUCGUCAGGAUCGAGCGCGACUAUUCUUCCGGGGAGUUGCCGCAAUUUCAUCCUUCGUUCCCACUCGAAAUCGAAGGCAGAAUAUCGCCCACGACGUUUUCGGAACUGGUCAACGACCUCAACGCGCUGCUCAUCGAGGCGCACAAUCCACGCCGCGUCUGGAUCGACAACACGCUCGCCAUCGCCACGCUCUACCUCUCGACGCUCGUCCACACCUCGCACUACAAAAAGACUUUGGCCAAGGUGGACGAGCUGGUGGCGAGGACCAAUGCGCAGGUGCUCGAAAAGGCGGGCCUGCGAAUGGUGCAUCCUGCCAAAACGGCGUUUCUGUUCAUCGAGAUCGAAUACUUUUGA